GAGUCAUCUCAUACAAUUCCUAAGCACUUCACUAGUAGGCACUGCACACAAACAGCCCGCAAGCUCCAAGCUUCACCAGCAAUGGCUCACUACCAGGAGGUGGACUACUGCUGCUCGGAGGAGGUGAGGUCGAUGGCCAGCCCGGCCGGCUUCGGCCGCCACGGCGGCGUCCAGCAGCACGUCGUCAAGGAGAAGUUCGAGGAGGUCGACAAGGUCUCGCGCACCGGCGGACACGGCCCCGGCCACUUCGAGGCGCGCGAGAGCAAGUUCGAGGAGGACAUCAACACCGGCACCGGCGAGUUCCACGAGCGCAAGGAGAACUUCGCCGUCAGGGUCGAAUGAGAGAUGACCGGCUUCACGCCGGCUCCAUCGACGAUCGCAUAUCUCCGGACCUGAGGCCCGUACGUGUCACGUAUAUAUGUGCGUACGUGUGCUCCCCACGUGUCUGAUAGUAGUAUAAAUACAGUGUGUACGGCCGGGUAUGUAUUUCUGUGUGUACGUGCACACGCAGCCUGUGUACGAACUACGAAAAUAAGCUUGUGACCUAAAUAAAUAAAGCUUCCCCGUAAAGGCACGCAGUUUGUGAUGUGAA